AGCACAUCAGAAACAUCGCUGCCUCCUGUUCAUACCAGCACUCAAACAGACCCACCCAGCCGUUCCUGUCGGGCAACACAGCUUUCGAUGGGUACAUUACGUAAUCCUUUUAGAAGCAAAGGCAUCUCCUGGUCAUCCCUAAAGUCAGGACACACACUCACGGCGAGGCGUCCUUCCAGUAUUACGGCCCUCGCCUCUGGAACGAGCUGCCAGAGGACCUCAGGGCCGCAGAGAAUGUUCAUGUUUUUAAGUCCAGGCUCAAGACCCACCUAUUUAGGGGCCCUCUGCCCUGGGGGAGGUUGUCGACUGUUGCUACCUGGGCGCUCUACAGGUAGUGUUUAAGUGGAGGUGGGGGUCUGUGCUCCCCCUCCUUUGACCGCCCUGACUUAGUGUGGAAGACCUGAUGCUGCCGGGGCAGAUGGCUCCUCUGAUGGCGUUUCCUUGCCUUACCUUACUUGGCUCAUCUGGAUUCAGCCGAAUAUAAUUUUUUACUGGUGUGUCUGUUUGUGUGUUAAUGUUUUUAAACUGUUAUGGAAAUUUUGGGUCAUUUUAAUUAUGUAAAGCACUUUGAGUAGCACUUUGCUUGAAAAGCGCUUUAUAAAUACAAUUUGAUUGAUUGAAAAGAUGCUCCUGUCGUUUUUAAAGCCGUUCUUAUUGAAGCCCAGGUAUUAGACAUAAUUUCAUUUCACUCAAGAAGUCCCAAAAUUCAGGAAGAGACCAAAUACAGUUUUAUCCUUAAACAGCGUAACAACUUCUUGGUUCAAAAAACAGAAAGGAAACAAAAUUUGAACAACGAAUCCUAAAAAGUUAUAAUAAAGCAGCCUGAACCUGUGCUUCAUUCAGACAGUAAGUUACAAACGUGAUCGCCCAUAAUGCAUCAGCAGUGUUGGCUCUCAUUGGCCACAGCUCUUUACCUUUUAUUGUUUUAGUCCACUGACUCACCAUCUAGGUCCAAAGAUCGCUGCAGUGUUUGCUCAAAACCUGAGCUGUUAGGUGCAGCAGGUUCUUCAUGCAUGAAACUGAAACCUCGUCUGAAAGGGGUUUCACUCACUCCUACUUUUUACCCGUUGAUCACGCUGACUCCAUUCAAAAAUAUUAACUCUGCUGCACAGAUGUUUGAUGAUCCGUUUGAUGCACUGAUGCAGAUUUGGAUUCAUGUUAACUGAGACAAAUGCAAGAGGAAGGUGGCGACCGGCUGACACCUUCACCGUUUUGGACUCUGUGUGCAGGUUUUAACGGAAAUCAGUUUUUCUCAAGGUGUGAAAUGUGGAAGAACUGAGCUAAAGAUGGGAUUGUUGGUGUCGUACUUUGGCAACUUGUUUGGAAAGGAGAAAAAGCAAGAGGAGGAGAGACACCUGCGGGCCAAUGACAGACCUUUCAACCUGUCUUAUCAAUAUGCUAACAACUCCAUCAAGACUUCCAAAUACAAUGUUUUCACCUUCCUGCCUCUUAACCUCUUUGAGCAGUUCAGAAGGCUCGCUAAUGCUUACUUCCUCUUCCUUCUUCUUCUUCAGCUCAUCCCACAAAUCUCCUCCCUGUCCUGGUUCACCACAGCUGUACCUUUGGUUAUGGUGCUGGCCAUGACAGCUGUCAAAGACGCCAGUGAUGACAUAAACAGACACAAAUGCGACAGGCAGGUGAAUAACCGUAAGGUGAACGUCCUCGUCGGUGGAGAGCUAAAAAAUGAAAAAUGGAUGAAUGUUGAGGUUGGAGACAUCGUCAAACUGGAGAGUAAUCACUUUGUCACAGCAGACCUCCUGCUGUUGUCCAGCAGUGAGCCUCUCAAUCUGGUCUACGUGGAGACGGCAGAGUUGGAUGGGGAAACCAAUCUGAAAGUGAAACAGGCCCUGACUGUAACUGGUGAGAUGGGAGACAACAUUGGAACUCUUUCUUCCUUCAGAGGUGAAGUUCGGUGCGAGCCGCCCAACAACCGUUUAGACAAGUUCAAAGGAACCCUGACUAUGAAUGGACGAAACUACGGUCUGGACAACGACAAAGUGCUGCUCAGAGGGUGCACUCUGAGGAACACAGAGUGGUGCUUCGGCCUGGUCCUCUUUGGAGGCCCUGACACAAAGCUCAUGCAGAACAGUGGAAAGACAGUUUUUAAACGGACCAGCAUUGAUCACCUGAUGAAUGUCCUGGUGUUGUGUAUCUUUGGCUUCCUGGUGGCCAUGUGCUUCAUUCUGGCCGUCGGUAACGCCAUUUGGGAGGUGAAGGAAGGAUCUGUGUUCACCGUGUUCCUUCCCCGAGAACCGGGCGUCAAUGCCGCUCUGUCGUCCUUUCUCUCCUUCUGGUCCUACGUCAUCGUCCUCAACACGGUGGUGCCCAUUUCUCUCUAUGUCAGUGUUGAGAUCAUCCGCCUUGGGAACAGCUUCUACAUAGACUGGGACAGGAAGAUGUAUCACCCAAAGAGUGACACCCCUGCACAGGCGAGGACCACCACCCUCAAUGAGGAGCUGGGUCAGAUUAAAUACAUCUUCAGUGAUAAAACUGGGACCCUGACGCAAAACAUCAUGACCUUCAACAAGUGCUCCAUUCAUGGAAAGAACUACGGUGAGCUCUUUGACUUUUCUGGACAAAGAGUUGAGAUAACAGAGAAAACCGAGCGAGUGGACUUCUCCUGGAACCAGUUGGCAGAUCCAAAGUUCGUCUUCCAUGAUUACAGUCUGGUUGAAACGGUAAAGGAGGGAAACCCAGAGGCUCAGGCCUUCUUCCGCCUGCUGGCUCUGUGUCACACCGUCAUGCCUGAGGAGAAGAAAGAGGGGGAGCUCAACUAUCAGGCCCAGUCACCUGAUGAGGGCGCUCUGGUGACCGCAGCCAGAAACUUUGGAUUUGUGUUCCGCUCUCGAACACCAGAGAGCAUCAGCAUCAUGGAGAUGGGCAUGAAGGUCACGUAUGAGCUUCUGGCUGUUCUGGACUUCAACAAUGUGCGUAAAAGGAUGUCAGUAAUAGUGCGAAGCCCUGAAGGCAAGAUGAGCCUGUACUGUAAAGGAGCCGACACCAUCAUCUAUGAGAGAUUACACCCCUCCUGUAGCAAACUGAUGGAGGUCACCACUGGACACCUGAAUGAGUAUGCUGGCGACGGCCUCAGGACUCUUGUUCUGGCCUACAAGGACUUGGAGGAGAGCUACAUGGAAGGGUGGACACAGCGCCACCAUGAGGCCAGCACGGCUUUGGAGGGACGAGAGGAGAGACUGGAUGAACUUUAUGAAGAGAUCGAGAAAGACAUGAUUCUGCUGGGAGCGACGGCUGUGGAGGACAAGUUGCAAGACGGUGUCCCACAAACCAUCGAGCAACUGGCUAAAGCCGACAUCAAAAUCUGGGUCCUGACUGGAGAUAAACAAGAAACGGCAGAAAACAUCGGCUACUCCUGCAACAUGUUAAGAGAAGAGAUGAAGGAGGUUUUUAUUGUUGCUGCAAACACAGCAGAAGGAGUCAAAGAGGAGCUGCAGAAUGCAAGAAGAAAAAUGUGUCCAGCAGCAGCGGAAGAUCCAUCAGUGAUUAAAGCUCGAGCUGGUCUGUUUUGGCUCAAGAUGACAGAAACGGUGGAAGAUGAGAAAGUGGACGAUGAAUACGGUCUGAUUAUAAAUGGACACAGCUUGGCCUUUGCCCUGGAGAAGGACCUGGAGCUGGAGCUGCUGAGGACAGCAUGUAUGUGUAAAACUGUGAUCUGCUGCAGGGUCACCCCUCUGCAAAAAGCCCAGGUGGUAGAGCUGGUCAAGAAAUACAAGCAGUCAGUAACACUCGCCAUCGGGGAUGGAGCCAAUGACGUCAGCAUGAUUAAGGCUGCUCAUAUUGGUGUAGGAAUCAGUGGUCAGGAGGGGAUGCAGGCGGUUCUCUCCAGCGACUUCUCCUUUGCUCAGUUCCGUUAUCUCCAGCGCCUCCUGCUGGUGCACGGCCGCUGGUCCUACCUUCGCAUGUGCAAAUUUCUGCGAUACUUUUUUUACAAGAACUUCACCUUCACCUUUUUGCACUUCUGGUACGCCUUCUUUUGUGGCUUUUCCGCACAAACGGUGUAUGACGAGUGGUUCAUCACUUUAUACAACUUGAUGUACACAGCUCUUCCCAUCCUCAGCCUGUGCCUCUUUGACCAGGAUGUAAACGACCGCUGGAGCUUCCAGUACCCUCAGCUCUACUCCCCCGGCCAGCUGAACAUGUAUUUCAGUAAAAAAGCCUUUGUGCGCUGCAUGAUGCACAGCUGUUACAGCUCCCUAAUCCUCUUCUUUAUCCCGUGGGCUGCCAUGCACGACACAGUCAGGGAUGACGGCAGAGACAUAGCAGAUUAUCAGUCUUUUGCUUUAUUGGCACAGACCUGCCUGCUUGUAGUGGUGAGCGUCCAGCUGUGUCUCGACACAUAUUACUGGACAACAGUCAACCAGUUCUUUGUGUGGGGCAGCCUGGCUGCCUACUUUGCUGUGACAUUCACCAUGUACAGCAAUGGCAUGUUUCUCAUCUUCACCUCUGCUUUCCCCUUCAUUGGCACAGCGAGGAAUUCUUUAAUCCAGCCAAACGUGUGGCUGACCAUUUUACUGACUUCUCUGCUUUGCACUCUGCCCGUCGUGGCUCUGCGUUUCAUUCUCAUCCAGAUCCACCCAACUGUCAACGACAAGGUGAGAUAUAAAGUGCAGAAGGAGGUGCUACCAGCACCUGCACCCCGCCGUCCACCUGCCAGGCGCAUCAGCACCCGCCGCUCGGGCUAUGCCUUCUCCCACUCCCAGGGUUAUGGUGAUCUGGUGACCUCUAAAUGGUUCCUGCUCAAGCAGCCUCUUAAGGGUCGGGCGAUGCUGUUUGGUCAAACAGACUCCACUUUGGCUGAAAAUAAACCCCAACACUACCGCAGCAUAACUGAGGGGUCACAGAGCUCAGGGUUAGGAGGGGGACACUAACUCAAAUACUGUUUUUAUCACAUCUAAAGAGCGAGUUUCUAAAUCAAGAGAUUGUGUGUUAGCUAGUGUUUAGGCAAACAUUCAAGCAAAAAGGACUUUCAGGCACCUACAUGAAACCAGAUCUGUUUGAUUAGUCCCCCAAAUAUUUUGGAAAAGUAAGUUUCUGAUUGGGAUUUGAGUUUUUUUUUUUUUUUUUUUUAACUUCUAUCUGCUCAUGUCACAAACAAAAGCCCUUGUCUAAAUCAUCCAAAGCUAAUGCUAAAGCUCUUUUAAACAAGAGCCGUUCCUGAGCUGAUGCCAUCUUUGUAGUUUGUCUUCAUCAUAGCUCUGGAGCUAAGCCCGCCGAACAUCUCUCCACAAAGGCAGUGCUGUGAUUGGCCCGCUCUAAAACUUCAGUCCAAUAGUAGACCUGCUGAGGCUACAAUGGAGCGUGUCCAGACCUGCAGAGCAAAAUAUUUUGCUACUGCGACGGUUUGUCUAGAGUUCUUGGCUAGCAGAGACCUUGAGAUGAUAAAACUCUUUGUUGGGAAACGUGGUCAAAUACUGGAUUAUGGUUUGAGCUAAAAAAAACUAAACAAGUUUAUUUUGUUUUCUGAGCUAUUUUGUAAUCCAAAUUCCUUGUAAGCUUUUGUUGUUUCUUAAUAUUUUUCUCUAAAAUUGAAAUAAUUUAAAAGUAAAACUUGCCAUUGUGAAGCGAAUAGAUUUAUGUAUUCUUCAACCUUUGAAGAUAAAUAAAAUCCUGUCCAUAAAUAAAAAUAAUGAUAAAACCAGUAUUUUUAAAUAAUAAAAAAAUACUGGUUUUAUGCCAUUGCAAGACUUCUGCUGUUUGUUUGUUUUUUUGCUAUAUUUUGACAAAAAUUUUUAACAUUUUUACAUUAUUAUCUUUUGUGCUGUUUUAUGUCUGUUGUUUACCUCAUAUCUUACAGCUCUUAAAAGAGAAGAUAUUUUUUAUAUCAGUUCACAUUAUUAUAAUGGAGUUUGUUUUGUAGUUGUGCUGUUGUUUCUCUCAAAAAUCUCAGCCUUUUUGCUCUCUGUACUGAUGUCUGUCUCUUCAGGGCGGGCUUGAGAAAAAGAUUUUUGCUGAUGAAAUGAUUAAAUGAAACACUGAUUAAUCUAAAAGCA